UGAAGAUGUUGAAGUUGGACGCUGUGUCAAGAAUUACGUUGGAAUUGCUUGUACCUGGGCAUUUGAGGCGGCAUCGUUGUCCCCAUAACAAAACCAACGUCAUCAACAAGACAAAUCAGCCAUGUAACCUGACAGAGUACACCAAUGUGUACAAACAACAUCCCAUGGUUCCUCGGGAGAGCUUCAAACCUGCCAACGAGGCCAUGAAAGGGGGACAAUUCGAGGAUGCAACAACACAGAGACAAGACUACAUCAAACACCCAAUUGAAAAGCCGUUCGUCCGUGUACCUGACCAGUACAAGAAGCCAGUUGGACUUAUGGACAACACCACCUCCUAUAAAAAAGAUUACAUCGAGAAGCGAGGCACACCUGCCAGACCAGUGAAGCUCGACGGACACAGACAAGUAUCGGGCAGAUUUGAGGGUGAACCAACAUACAAAUCUGACUACAAGAAGUGGGACAUGUCUGGUCGUGUGGGCCCAGUGUCAAAUGCUGAUGCCUGGGAGCCACCAAAUGCCAGAUUUGAGGGCCAGAGUACCAUGCAUCAUGAUUAUAUGCAGCAUGCCCAGCCCAGACGGGCCCUCAUGAAGCCAGUAGAAGCUUCACGCAUGUCUGACCAGCCCUUCUUUGACCGCACUGACUACAGAGACUCCUAUAUCAAACAUCCCAUGGAGAAACGAUUUGUCCACCCAGCAGAAGGAUACAAACCCCCGCAGGCGGCAUUCGAUGGACAGACAACCUUCAAACGAGAUUACCUAGGUCACAUUGGGGAAAAGACGCAAAGCUUUAAACCUGAAGGAGUUGCAUUCCAAUCUGGUGCUCCAUUAGAGGAUAACACUACAAACCGCAACGACUAUAAGAAAUGGCCAAUGCAACGUCCAUUUUACCAUGUUCCAGAGCAGUACCAGCCACCAAAGGGGUCAAUGGAAUCUGACACAACUCAUAACACCACCUACAGACAGUUUCCCAUCCAAAGGAGCCUAGCCAAGCGUCCAGAAUCUGCCAACAAGUCAAGGAGUGCUACAUUUGAUGGUAGCACCAGUUAUGCUAACGACUACAUCAAGUGGGACAUGGGACAGAAGAACAUGCCAAUUGUGCGUGAUGAGUACCACCCAACUAAUGCUCCAUUUGAGGGCAUGUCAACACAGAAGGCCCAUUACAUUGCCCAUCCACAGCAGCCUUUAAGAAGCUUCAAGCCGGAUAACACCGCCCUACAAAGCAAUGCCAAAUUUGAAGAUGGUACAAUGUAUCGUACCGACUACACACCCAAGAAAAUAGGUGUCUGUCCUGCAAUUUCUUUGGAUGGUCCUUCAUCAACUUUUAAAUUUACUGAAGUUGACAACAGAGGUCAUCGAGUGUAUCAGCCAGUGAUGGAGACUAUCGUCCCACUAAAUGCUGCCAGGCAAACUCCCAACAAGUUAACAAUGUCUGUUGCAUAAGACAGAAAAUUAGACAUUAGUCCAAAAUAGCAAUCUAAUCAUUAAAUUGUCUGUGAUAUGAAAAUUGGACCCCAUGUUUUGUUGUCACACCAAGUGACUGGUAUGAUAUCUUAGACACGGAGAAAAUAUGGGUCUUUCUCACUCUGGUUUCUGUCCAUCAGUCAGCUCUUAAACAGAGUACAGCAGCUGGCAUUGAAAUCAGAGUUUCUGAUUUUUAUGUCACGUUUUUAAAAAGUAUAUGAAAACUAUUACCAUGUAAUUAUAUACAACUGGUGGUAUCUUUUUCGAUAUCUUGGGAACAGGAUUUAGGCAGUCCUUUACACCUCAAGUUUGAGUGGCAGUGACCUAUAUUUUCUUGUGAUUUGUUAAAGUUUCAGCCAAUUAUUUUUGAAUUGCUGAAACUGGAUCAAAGACGAUACCAAUCCCUUUCCAGAUUUCAGGUCUGUUUUGAAAUACAAAGGGAAGUAAUUCAAAUAUCUUUUGUUAUUGAAAUAUCACACAC